AUGCAAUGGCAGUCUCCCCCUUUGACGAAGUUGUACUCUGGCGGUGGCUCGAUCUCCGUAUCGCUGCAUGGUGAAAAGGCUGUCUUCUCAGAACUUGCCUCAACCUAUCCGCUAAAGCUCCUUGCCCCUUAUAUUCACGACAAAACCGCACUCGUCUACCUUCUAUCUUACGGAGGAGGUCUCGUGGGUGGCGACGAAGUUGAUCUCAAUGUAAACGUUCAGCGAGGAGCAAGGCUGCUAAUACUGUCACAGGGAACCACGAAGGUAUUCAAAACGCGAAUAGGACGAAGACAAGCUUCCGUGCAUGCGAAAGGGUUGGCAUCCGGGCUCCCUUCAAGCCAACACGAUACAACGGCUUCUUUGACCCAGCAAACUAUCGCCUUUCGUAUUGCUCCAGACAGCCUGCUCCUUCUGCUGCCGGAGCCUGUGACCUGCUUCCGGGAUGCGUCAUAUCACCAGAGGCAGACAUUCCACGUCGAGGGGAAUGGUUCUCUCGUUAUCCUUGACUGGAUAACCUCUGGACGCAUCUCCCGAGGCGAGGAAUGGGUCUUCUCUCGUUAUCACAGCACGAACGAAGUCUUCCAUGACGGAAAAAGGGUAGCAAAGGACAUCAUGCUCCUCGAAAACCAGGAAUUAGGACCUCACAUUCCAGAGCGGCCGCUUCGAGAACGGCUAAAGCCUUAUUCCUGUUACGCCAUGGUCAUCUUCUAUGGCCCACAAACUCGGCCUAUUUUGACGGACCUUGCCAGUCGAUAUGAUCAGAUUACGAUCUUCAAGGAGAAGACACCUGCCCAACUUAUUUGGUCCCUCAGCCCCAUCGAAGCAGAAGACCAGGGUGCAGUAGUCCGAGUGGCGGGUCUUGAAACUGAGAUCGUGAAGAAUUGGCUGAAGGACUCCCUAUCGCAUUUGGAAGAAGCCGUUGGACGAGACUUGUAUCGGAGAGCCUUUGUGUAA